UUGGAAGCUUCUCCGCGGCUCAGCGGCGCUUUUAGCUGCAGCAGCCUGCAGGAGGGCGGGGAGAAGCUCCUCCCGCUGAGGCCUCUGUGCCGGACCGGCCACAUUCGCUGGACCGUGAGCGUCUCCGGGCCCCUCGGCUGUGGCAGCGACUUCUGGGGCCCCCACUGCAGCAACCGCUGCCAGUGCCUGAACGGCGCCCAGUGCAGCCCCAUCACGGGCGCCUGCGUGUGCGGCGCCGGCUUCCAGGGCUGGCGCUGCGAGCAGCCCUGCAACGCCGGCCUCUUCGGAAAGGACUGCCAGCAGCACUGCAGCUGCCUCAACGGCGCCACCUGCCACCACCAGACCGGGGACUGCCUGUGCGCCCCCGGAUACGCCGGCGCCAUACCCGAGCCCAAGGCCCAGAAUCGCCCUCUUGAUUCACCGUCCACAGCCUGGAGGGGAAGGUUUGCUUUGGCAAAAGGGGCCCACACAGCCACCAGGGCCCCCAAAAGCCAUCAGGGGACCUCCAGGGCCACCAGCCCCAAGCCAGCACUAUCAAAGCUGCUAAAACGAGUCGUUCCUGGUCCGGUGUGCGCUCAGCCCUGCCCCUUCGGAUGGUUCGGCAUCAACUGCUCGCAGGAGUGCACGUGUGGAAACGGUGGCCUGUGCGACCACAUCAGCGGGCAGUGCCAGUGCACGCCGGGCUACCUGGGAGAGAGCUGCCAGGACCGCUGCCCGGCGGGCUCCUACGGCCCGCAGUGCGCCAAUAAGUGCGCCUGCCUGAACGGCGCCCGCUGUCACCACGGCAACGGCGCCUGCCUGUGCGGCGCCGGCUUCGCGGGGCCCGGCUGCCAGGACCGGCUCUGCCCCCCCGGCCGCUUCGGCCCCCUCUGCGCCCGCCGCUGCGCCUGCAGGGAGGGGAGCACGCUCAGCUGCCACCCGCUGUCGGGGGAGUGCGCCUGCUCCGCGGGGUGGGCGGGGCCUCACUGCAACCAGACCUGCCCCCCCGGUUUCCACGGCGACGGCUGCGGGGCGGCCUGCUCCUGCAGCAACGGCGCCGAGUGUGACGCCGUCAGCGGGGAGUGCAGGUGUACCCCAGGAUUCAUGGGAGACGACUGCUCCGUCAGCUGCCCCCCCGGCCGGUUCGGACCCGGCUGCUCCUCCUCCUGCUCCUGCCAGAACCAGCUGUCCUGCUCCGGCACCGACGGCUCCUGUGUCUGCACAGCAGGCUGGACGGGCCCGGACUGCUCGCUGCCCUGCCCCAGCGGGUUCUGGGGGCCCGGCUGCAACCGGACCUGCCGCUGCGACCCGGUCGGCGGCGCCGGCUGCGACCCGGUUAGCGGCGCCUGCACCUGCUCGCCGGGCCGGACCGGCGAGUCCUGCGACGCCCCGUGUCCGGAGGGCUCGUUCGGGCCGGGCUGCUCUCAGAGGUGCGACUGUGGCCUCGGCGCCGACCCGGCCCGCGGCGCCGGCUGCGACCCGGUUAGCGGCGCCUGCCGCUGCCUCGCCGGCUGGACCGGUGAGUCCUGCUGCUCCCCGCCCCCACACAUCCCGCCAGUUCUGACCGGGCGCCCUGUCCCAGAGACAGAACCGGACCCUCAGAACCAGACCGAGUCUCUGGUUGUGACCCGGGCCUGGUCCCAGUGCCAGAACCGGACCGGCUCCACUGUGACAGCCCCUGCGGGGGGGGGCCGCUGGGGGCCCGGCUGCUCCCACAACUGCAGCUGUGAGAACGGAGGCUCCUGCUCCCCCGAGGACGGCAGCUGCACGUGCCCCCCCGGCUACCGAGGCUCCAGCUGCAGGCGGAGUAAGCGCACACCACCCUGCACCACGCCCACACUGGCCUGUCCGCCGGGUUUCUACGGCCAGCGCUGCGGCCAGCCCUGCCCGGAGUGCGUCCACAGCCCGGGGCCCUGCCACCACGCCACCGGCCUCUGCCCGUGUCUGCCCGGGUUCUUCGGAGCCCUCUGCAACCAAGUAUCUCUGUGCCCCCCCCCCCCCCCCCCCCCCCCCCCCGGCUGCCCCACGGGUUUCCACGGCGCCGGCUGCACCGAGGUGUGCCGGUGCCAGAACGGGGCGGACUGCGACGCGGUGACGGGCCGCUGCUCCUGCAGGACGGGCUUCACCGGCCAGAGCUGCGAGCUCAAGUGCCCGGCGGGGACGUUCGGCUCCGGCUGCCAGCAGCUCUGCGAGUGCAUGAACAACGCCACCUGCGACUACGUGACGGGAACCUGCUACUGCAGCUCCGGCUUCAAGGGCAUCCGCUGCGACCAGGGUGAGCCUGCCACCCCAGACAGCUGA